GGGAGGGGAAGCACAGGCAUUUCUUUCCUUUCACUCUCCCAUGGCGCGGGGCACGGAAAGCGCCGCGUCCACGCCCGGAUCGCGGGGACCGCGAUCCUCGCGGCGGCGCGAUCGCUGGGCCGCGGCGCUGCUGGUGGCGUCGCUUCUGCUCUUCGCCGCCCGCUGCUGGGCGGAUAGCGGCGAAGCCCCGCCGGCAGUCACUCAGAAGGUGCCGAGCGCCGCGGAGUUGCAGAACUCCUUUCCGCUGCCCUACGCGCUGAGGCGUUUUGUGAACCUCAGCAGGGCCGAGGCGAGAGCCAUCAUUCGGGGCGAGGACGAUCGUCUGCUGGUGAUCGUGGGCCCUUGCUCCAUCCAUGACCCCCGUGCGGCUCGGGACUACGCGCGGCUCCUGCAAGAAGUGCGCGAGGAGGUGAAGGACGACUUGCUGAUUUUCAUGAGGACCUACCUUGAGAAGCCCCGAACUUCAGUGGGCUGGCGGGGCCUCAUCAGCGACCCGGCGCUGAACGGCCAGGAGGACCUGGCGCGGGGCCUGGCGCUGGGGCGGCGCGUGCUGCUGGACAUGAACGCUUUGGGUUUGCCCAGUGCCACGGAGUUCCUGGACCCCCUGGUGGCGCCGUACUUGGAGGACGUGGUGUCCUACGGGUCGAUUGGCGCGCGCACGGUGGAGAGCCCCGUGCACCGCCAGCUCGCGGCGCAUCUGGCCAUGCCAAUAGGCUUCAAGAACGGCCGCAACGGCGACAUCCAGAGCGCGGUGAACGCGGCCGUGGCGGCCGUGGCGCCGCAGAAGCGGCUUACCACUGACACCCACGGGCGCGUGCGGAUAGAGCAGGCGCCUGGGAACCUGGAUGGGCACAUCAUCUUGCGGGGCAGCGAGAGCGGGCCCAACUUCGGUGAGACCUUUGUGGCGGAGGCCAAAGAGCGCCUCCAGGACGCUGGUUUUAGUGGGGCACGGAUCCUCAUCGACUGUUCGCACGGCAACUCGGGCAAGCGCUACGAGGGCGAGGUCGUGGCAUGCCGCUCAGUGGCUGAGCAGGUCUCUGCCGGCAACUCCGCCAUCGGGGGCGUGCUUAUCGAGAGCUUCCUGGUGGCCGGGAACCAACACCUCGAUCCAGGUGUGACGAAGCUCGAGGAUUUGCAGUACGGCUGCAGCGUGACUGACUCUUGCUUGGACUUCAACAUGACGAAGGACCUGCUGCGGGAGCUCCGGGCCGCGGUGGUGCAGCGCCGCGCACAGGUGGCCCAGGCCUGGCAGAAGGCGAACAGCUGAGGCGCAAAAUCCCUCCAGUGACCGCAUGCUUCUAUGAGUUGGCACCCGCUUUUCGGUUACUUUGAAGGAAGAUUCAAAGGAUGAGCGCCAUUUUGGCAGCAUGGCCACGUGGGGAUAAUUUUAGACAGCGCGCCCGGGUUCAGCGGAGACACCUGCAUGCAUGCACAGUUUUCCCGACGGCUCUCACGGCUGGAAGACAUGGGCUGGCUGGCUGGCCCCAGCAAG